AUGGCAAUACGCCCUUUCUCCCCAGACAGAUAAAAAGGCGAACAUAUUGCUAGUCUCCAGUGCGUUCUUUUUGUUUUCCGGUUGUCGCGUCACUGUACCUCGUCCCGAUCUGCUCGUCUUCGUGAAGAAUUGGUCCAGUUUGAUCACCUCCGAAGAGCCGCGUCUUGAAGCAUCGCUUAGCGAACUUUCUAAACCUCCAGACUGCCAUACCUGCUCUUCCUCUUCCUCUCCUUUCCUCACUACUUUUUAGAAAUUUGAAAAAUGGCAUCUCUGACAGCAGCAAACACCAGUUUCUCCCUCAACCUGUUUAAUAAGAUCACAGAGAACAAUAAGACAGGCAAUGUGUUCUAUUCUCCUCUGAGUAUCUCCUCAGCCCUGGCCAUGGUCUAUCUGGGUGCUGAGGGAAACACUGCAGCUCAGAUGUCUGAGUCUUUGCACCUGAACAAAGCUGAAGAAGACAUUCAUGUGGGCUUCAGCAAGCUCCUUAGUGAGCUGAACAAAGAGGGAGCACCAUAUACCCUGAGCCUGGCCAAUCGCCUGUAUGGAGAGCACUCCUACAAGUUUAUUGAGAAAUUUCUGAAUGACACCAAAACACAUUACCAGGCUGAACUUGAAGCUGUAGAUUUCAAAUCAAAUGCAGAGGCUGCCCGCGAAAACAUAAAUGCCUGGGUACAGAAACAGACACAAGACAAAAUCAAAGACUUGCUGCCUGAAGGAGUGGUCGAUGAGCUGACAAGACUUGUCUUGGUUAAUGCCAUCUACUUCAAGGGCUCCUGGGACAGGAAAUUUAAACAGAGUUCCACUGAAGAAGUUCCUUUUAAGCUGAGUAAGAAUAAGACCAAACCAGUAAAGAUGAUGCGUCAGAAAGCUCAAUUCCCUUUGGCCUACAUCCCUUCACUGAACAUGCAGAUUCUGGAACUUCCUUAUGAAGGCAAAGACCUGAGCAUGCUCAUUAUGCUCCCAAACGAACUGACUGACAACACCACUGGCCUUGAGAAGCUGGAGCAGGAGCUCACCUAUGAGAACUUUGUCGAGUGGACGAGGCCUGAUAUGAUGGACACGCUGGUUGUGCAGGUGGGCCUGCCCAGGUUCAAGUUGGAGGAGAUGUAUGACAUGAAAGAUCUUCUGAUCAGCAUGGGCAUGGUGGAUGCCUUUGACCAGCGUAAGUGUAACUUCUCAGGAAUGUCACCCAACGAUGAUCUGGUGCUGUCGAAGGUGGUCCACAAGUCCUUUGUGGAGGUGAAUGAGGAGGGCACUGAGGCUGCUGCUGCAACUGCUGUGGCCAUAAUGACUAGGGGUCGUGCCCUUCUACGCCCAGAAAGGUUCAUUGCAGAUCACCCUUUUCUCUUUUUCAUCCGACACAAUCCCACUCAGAGCAUCCUUUUCUGUGGCCGCUACAGUUCUCCUUAAUCCUCACCUGCUGCUGCAACAUGCCAAUCUCUGCUGACAGGACUGAUUAAGAAAUGUCAGUGUAUGUUUAAAAUGUUUGCAGGACCAUGCAGACCAUGGAAGAAAACCAAGUGUUGACUGACUUCUGAAUGAUAAAGAGAUCUUUGAUAGAGCAAAUAUCAGUUUAGUCAGUAAGAGAGUUCAGUGCUACAUUUAAAGUGCCCUCCAUGACUUUAUGUUUUAGUCUCUAUACUGGUUAAAUGCUUUAAUACUCUUUGCUAGAAACAGGAAUGAAGUACUUUUAUCUCAUACAUGUCUUUCAAAACUCCCAUAACAUGCUAAUAAACAAAUACACAUUUUAUUUCACACUUUUUUACUCCAAACAAUCCAGUUUUAAAAUAAAAGGCAUUUAUCGUUGUAGUGAUGAGUGUCAGGCCAUCAUAGUUGCAGUGACCUGAUGUCAUCAGUUUUUGUGUUCUUGUCAGUUAGUAGAAAUAAAGCAGGUAAAAUGGA